AUGGCCAAGUUGCAGGCAGCCACCGUUUCUCGCAUCCCCGUCAAUCGCAAGCGGAAACGCUUUCCCAAAGAUCAGGAGCCAGCACCGACUGAGUCUGGCCUCGUUUCCUCCGUCGCGGCCACCACGAAAGUCCCCACCAAGACUCAUGAUGGAGGUUCCAAACCUAGGAGGACGAAAGGUACAUCGAAACCUGCCCUGAGCCGAACUAGUUCGUCCUCGAGUCUGGUAGAAUCAGACGUACCUUGGCCGGAUCACUUCAAGUAUCUAUCCCAGUUGCACCGCGCCUUGAAUGUCGUAUACACAUUUUGCUGCACCAGGAAGCAUUUCGCAACGACAUGGGACAACAUCAAGAGUGCGGUGGAAGGGCACAUCAAAAAGCCGUUGGUCGAGGACGACGUGGCGCAGGUCAAGGCGUUAUUGCCGCGGGCGAUCAACUUUGCCUAUGUCGAUGAGGAACACCUUAUGGUAACGCUUAUGGGCGAAGAAGAUGGCGUCAGAGGUGGCAGAGCCGACCAUUUUCGGUCUCUGGAAGAGGAUGAGAGCGCACCCAGAGACAAAUCGGAGCCAUCCAAAGAACUUCUUCUGUUCGAGUUUGUGGAUGGCGACCUGAAAAGACAGGUCGUCGACCCCAAGACAGGGCAACCCACCAAAGCCACCCAGAAACUACGCAAUGAAGAUCUCAAAAUGCCUGUCUUUAGUCAGAAAUCGAUGCUCAAUCUCAUUGAAAAGCGCAAUGCCAAGUUCACUUCAGCCAUAAACACAUUCCUCAACCAAUGUGCUGAGGAGCAAACAGACCCGGUGGGGAAAAUAUUGGACCUUAAACAGCAGUAUUUACCCUACCCCUCUACCAGUCGUCCCGCAACCCCUGGCCCAGAUAAUCGGCUGCAAAAAGCGAUCCCCAAGGAGCGAAAGUCAAUAACGGAGAUUGUCAAAGAGAUUAGCGAGCUCGAGUGGUAUACUGGACAGAUUGUCCCCGAUGGACACCGUGUAUUCGAUCCUCAGCCAGCCAUAUAUGGUGACCUCAAUUUUCAGUUGUCCCAAAAUCUGGUGAACGCGCUGUACAACAGCAGAGGGAUAACUCAGUUAUACUCGCAUCAAGCCGAGGCCAUCAAUAACCUGCAUGAUGGCCAUCAUGUAAUCGUGUCUACGUCAACCAGCUCGGGCAAAUCGCUGAUCUAUCAGAUACCAAUGCUUCACGAACUCGAAAAGGAUCCCCAAAGCCGCGGGCUCUAUAUCUUCCCCACCAAAGCACUCGCCCAAGAUCAGCGUAGAAGCAUGAAAGAGCUCUUGAAGUACAUCCCAGGCUUGGAGGACGUCGUUGUCGAGACAUUUGAUGGCGACACGCCUAUGCGGGCACGCAACCAAAUCCGAGAUGAAGGCCGCAUUAUCUUCACGAACCCAGACAUGUUACACAUUACUAUUCUACCUCAGGAGAGCGGAUGGCGAGAAUUCCUUCGGAAUCUCAAAUUCGUGGUCGUGGACGAGUUGCACGUGUAUAAUGGUUUGUUUGGCGCUCAUGUGGCCUUUAUCAUGCGCCGGCUGCGGCGCAUAUGUGCCGCCGUGGGAAACCGCAAGGUCAAGUUUAUUUCGUGCUCUGCAACAGUGGCCAAUCCAGAAGAGCAUAUGAAGACCAUAUUUGGCGUGGAAAAUGUCAAGCUAACGGAUUUUGAUGGUUCUCCGUCUGGCCGGAAGGAGUUUAUUUGUUGGAAUACACCAUACAAAGAUCCAGGCGAUCCCUCAUCAGGUCGUGGUGAUGCUUUUGCAGAGACAGCGAGGUUAAUAUGCCAGCUCAUUUUGCGAGGGGUUCGAACCAUUGCCUUUUGUCGCGUACGAAAGCAAUGUGAGGUCCUACUGGCGGCGGUCAAGACGGAAUUCACAAACCUCGAGAGACCAGAAUGUGCUGCUUUGGUCAUGGGUUAUCGUGGCGGAUAUUCGGCGCAAGACCGUCGGCAAAUAGAGUCAGAAAUGUUUGGUGGCAAGCUCAUGGGUAUCAUUGCCACCACGGCUCUGGAGCUGGGCGUGGAUAUUGGGUCCCUAGAUGCCGUUGUUACGAUGGGGUUCCCAUAUACGAUCGCCAAUCUAAGACAACAGAGCGGUCGUGCAGGUCGACGGAACAGAGACUCGCUUUCUGUUCUGGUCGGUGACUGCUUUGCUGUCGAUCAACACUACAUGCAGAAUCCCGACGAGAUCUUCACGAAGCCUAAUUGUGAACUCCAGGUCGAUCUGCAAAACGAACUUGUGGUGGAAGGGCAUAUUCAGUGCGCUGCUUUCGAGAUGCCCAUCAAGGCAGACGAAGAUGAGAAGUUCCUAGGCAAGAUGUUGCCGGAGAUAUGCACGGAACGGUUGUCGUAUGACCCUCUGGGAUUCUAUCACUGCAACGAGAGAUUUCGACCGCUGCCUUCUCGGUGUGUCCCCAUCAGAGAUACCGAGGACAAUCACUUUGCUGUGGUUGAUAUCACACAUGGUCGUAAUGUGGUCCUUGAAGAAGUCGAGGCUUCGCGAGCCUUCUUCACCCUGUACGAUGGGGGAAUAUUCUUGCACCAAGGUCGGACAUAUAUCGUGAAAGAGUUCUCACCUGAGCGCAAGAUUGCCCGUGUUCAACUCGUCAAGGUGGACUGGACUACGCAGCAAAGAGAUUACACAGACGUGGAUCCAAUCGAAACCGAGCAGGUCCGUCGGGUGUCGGCCAACUCUCUCACCAAAGCAUAUUUUGGCCGCAUCAAGGUACACGCCGUGGUAUUUGGGUUUUUCAAAGUCGACCAGAAGGGUCGGAUUCUCGACGCAGUGGCUGUGGACAACCCACCGAUCAUCAUCCACUCCAAAGGUCUAUGGUUGGAUGUCCCCAAGUCGGCGAUGCAGAUUCUCAAGGACAAACGCUUGAAUCUUGCGGCAGGGAUCCACGCGGCCGAGCAUGCAUUGAUGUCCCUGAUGCCACAGUUUGUGGUCAGCAUGCCCGGCGAUGUGCGAACCGAAUGCAAGAACGCGCUGAAGGAAUUCGCAAAGAAGGAGACUCAGCGGAAGAGACCUGCACGGUUGACGUUUUACGACGCAAAGGGUGGACCCGCGGGCUCGGGGAUCGCAGCGAAAGCAUUCGAGUUUAUCGACAUGCUUCUCGAACGUGCCGUCGCGCGGGUCUCGGCGUGCCACUGCCUCGAGGGCUGCACGGAAUGCAUCUGCGACGAGAGAUGCAAGGAGAAGAACAUGGUCAUGAGUAAGGCCGGCGCCGAAGUGAUCCUCAAGUCUCUGCUGGGCAUGGACAUCGACGUCGACGCCCUCCCGGACGGCGAGGAGGAGCGCGUUCCUGCCGGCGUCGAGACCGUCGUGUUUGCCACCGAAGUCAUGGGCCGGGAUGGACGGAGAGUGCCCGAGAAGGACUUUAUCAAGAAGGAAAAGAGCGAUGACGAUGCCAUCAUUAUCAAAGAUGAGCCUGAGGACUGA